GGGGCGGUCAUUCUAGCCCGGAAGGGGCGGGGUUUUCCUGCGGCGGCGGCAGAGCGCGAAGUAUCGCUAACGCGGUCAUGUUGCCCGCCGGUUGCUCGCGCCGGCUGGUGGCCGAGCUGCAGAACGCCCUGGACUCCUGCGCCGAGCGACAGCGGCAGCUGGAACGGAGCCUGCGCAUUGCCCGGCGGCUGCUGCAGGCCUGGGAACCAAAGGAGACCCCGGCUCCGGAGCCAACCCCAAGGCCAGAAACGAAUGAAGAAGCCCAAUUUUCAGCAUGCACGCCGAGCCCCCAGGACCUCCAGGAACUGGAGCUACUGACCCGGGCAUUGGAGAAGGCUGCAAGGGUGCGAAAAGGCAUCUCAAAGGCUGGAGGAGACAAGGCCCCCAGCCUGAAGUCUGCGUCCAUCGCCGCCUCCCCUCCUUCCAGAAUCUCUGCCCCAGCACAGGCCUCACGCAGGGCUGGCAGCCGUGCAUCACAGACAAAACCCCCCAAGGGCAUCCGCCAAACCAGGGUCCCUGCCAAGAACCUCCCUGAGCACAGGCUUCUGUCUGUGGCGGAUGCAACCUGUAAGAGGCGAGGGGCCCAAGCCGUCAAGCCUGAACCAGGCCUCAGGGACCAACAAAUGGUGCCAUCAGCUGCUGCUCAGGCUCCAGAAGCUUUUAUGCUCAAGGAUAAGGGGGUCCUGCUGCAGCUGCCUGUGGCCUUCAGGAAAGCGGCUUCUCAGAAUUCCCGCCUGUGGGCCCAGCUCAGCUCUGCACAGACCAGCGACUCUGCGGAUGCUGCGGCCACCGCCAAAGCCCAGUUCCUCCAGAAAAUGCAGACGGCCUCAGGCUGGCCCAGCGCCACGGAGGUGGAGGCGGAGGUGGGGCGCCUGCAGAAAGCCUGCUCGCUGCUGAGACUUCGAAUGGAGGAAGAGCUCAUGGCAGACCCUGAGGACUGGGCACAGGAGCACCGCUGCCUGCUCACCCUGCAGGGGCUGCAGGACAUGGUCGGGCAGUGUCUGCACAGGCUGCGGGAGCUGCACCCAGGAGGCAGAGGGAGACUGCACCCCCUGAAAGGUGCGGCAGGAGGAGGUGCCUGGCUGCUGCCCUGCGAGGCCGCAUCCCCUGUUCUCACAGCAGUGGGGGAGCAGCUGCUGAGGCCGUGGCCUGAGGGGAGACUCCCCAGGGCCUCAUCGCCCUGUGGAGGAGGAGCAGACCCCGUCUGGAGCCCCCAGUUGCUUCUCUACUCCAGUCCCCAGGAGCUGCAGACCCUGGCAGCCCUCAGGCUGCGGGUGGCCAUGCUGGACCAGCAGAUCCACCUAGAAAAGGUCCUGUUGGCCGAACUCCUCCCCGCGGUGAGCAAGCCGGAAGCGCUGGGGCCCCGCUGGCCAGCACUGUGCCGGGCUGUGCACAGCCUGCUCUGUGAGGGAGGCAAACACUUCCUCACCGUCCUGCGGGAAGAUGCGCCUGCUGACUGAGCCCCUGCCACGGCCGGGCCCGCCACCCGGUGCCCAGCCCCGUUCUGCCCCAGCCCGGCUGCCUGGGGGGCCCCCUUCCCUUGGCGGAGUUCAGGGAGCAGGGAUGGGGUUUUCACUGCGCAGGUGAGGGCCUCAGAGGCCUGUGCCACCUUGGGAGCCAGCUUUCCAAGGGGGGCAGGGACGGCCCCCUGGCUCUUCCUGAGGAACUCGGGGCCUGUCUCUCUGCUGCUGGGCCUGCUGGUCAGUCGGGCUCGGCUCAGCAUGGCCUGGCCCUGGGCUUGGGAGACCAGAGGCGGGUGGGAGCGUCUUCCAGCUGCCUCUGUUUUCUCUUGCUUCUGUGGUCACGUAUGUGACAUUAAGGCUACUUCAGAAGUAUAUGUAUUUAAAUCCUACCAAGAUAGAACUUUGGGCCUGUUU